ACGCCUACCAGCUACCAGCUACCAGCACUCUGCUCUUCAGUCAAAGAGCCAAACGACCCAGAAAAUGGGGUAUCUAGGAGGAGAUAUAACUGUCAAGAAUCAAACUCCAUAUGAAUGGACCAUCUGCUUAGAGGGUCAAGCGUGGCCAUUUCCUAACAAAUAUGCAAAGCGUCACCUUGAAGCUUUUCAAACAAGAAGUAUAAGCUGCAUUGUUCCAGUGACCUGGGGAAAAACCUUCUACAUUAAGGUUAAGUAUGGAAGCUGUUCAGAGACGCAGUGCUGCAAACAACCAGAUUUGUGGUACAAAUUAAAUCCAAAAGAUGAUCCUCUCUUCACUAUUCAAGAACGUGGAGAUGAAGUUCACCUGGACUGCAACGUAAAUUACGAGAAGAAGAAAUCUACAUGCCCAAAUUACGGCAAACUUGAAGAUGAUGCCCGACAGAGAGAGGUGGAGCGAAGACAGGAGAAAGCAAAUGAGGAACAGAGAUGGCAGGCACAGUGUGAGCUGGAAAGAAGAAUUGAAGAACAGAUUAAAAAAGAAAGUGAAAUAUCUGCUAAGAGGCUUUCUCAGGCCAAUGAGAAACUGAAGCAGAAAGAACUCCUAAGAGGCCAGGAGUUCCACCAGCAAGCCCAUAUAAUACAACAGCCACUGGAGGUCUAUACAGUAGACAGAGACGAGGUUGCAGAAACAGAAAAUAAUUUUUUGGAGCUUCUGCUAAGAUAUGAAAUCACUGAAAUCAAAGACACACAGGACUCAUUACCUGACAGAAUGAAACGCCUACAAAAUGAGAUAAUGGUUGACUACUGUAAGAAACACAACCUGUCCAGUAGCUGCAUGUUUUCCUUUGAUGCUGCCGUCGACUAUGACACUCUGCCUCUAAGUGACAGACUGUCAGUCCUGGAAGCAGUACUGCAAGUAGUUUUUGAGGAGACCGAGGAUGGCCAUGAACCUCAAUAUGACCGGGACAUCUUACUCAGUAUGCUUGAACAGCUGAUUGACACUCAUCAAACACUUGCAGGGAAACUUCUGCAGAACGUUCUUUAUACAGAUGUGCAGCUCUCCAUGCAGAGUAAAGAAAUUCUGUGUCAGAUCUUGUUCAACAACAUGUGGACACCAGGAGAAAUAACUGAUUUUAUGCGCAACAUCACUGGGAAAGCCACUGAACAAGUGUCCUCAGUUCUUCACACAGCACAGACCUACAAACUGGAGUAUGGCACUGUUUUCAAUGCUCUGGGUACAUCCAAUCCCCUCAACAUGUUGCAAAACCAUGUGGACAAUGAGAGACACAAAGACGCUAAAACCAUAUUAAGUGAAAUGCAUGAUGAAAACGUCCCUGAGAAUGUGUUAACUAUCCUGGAGGAUGUCCUGUUAUAUCUGGAAAAGGAGCUUCCAAAAACGGCAGCGGCUGAUGUCAGUGAAAGUGAAGUUGAAGAUUUGAAGAAGAUGGUUAAAUCCCUGGAUUUCAAUGACCCAGACAGAGACGUCCUCAAACAAGUGCUGGUUAAGAUGUCAGGUGCAGUUAAAAUGUGCUCCACUAUCAUCAUUCAAAAAGACGAAAAGAACACAGUUAUUGAAGGAUAUCUUCCCAGAUUAACUCAGCUUGCAACACUGGUAAUUUUCCUUCUUUCAAAAUCGGAAACAAAUACAGGAUGUCUUCUUGAAAUCGGGACAGGUGAAGGAAAGUCCUGUAUUUUAGCCAUGCUUGCUGCAAUUCAUGCAAUUCGUGGUGUAAAUGUGGAUCUUGUGACAAGCUCACCAGUCCUUUCCUGCCGUGAUUUAGAAGAAUGGAAGGGACUGUAUAAUAUGUUUGGCAUCACAUCAUCCGUCGUUCCUCCACCUUUUAAUGAUUCACCACCUGAAAAGCAAAAUGAACUGGUCCAGGAUGCAUAUAGUAAACAAGUUGUUUACAGUACUGUAGGAACAUUUGCAGCAGAUACACUGAGACAAGAGUUUGAGAAGAAAACGACUCGAGGAGAAAGGAGUUUUGAGAUGGUCCUUGUGGAUGAGGUUGAUUAUAUGACCUUGGAUAAUGGAGUUCAGAUUACAUUUCUCUCUCAUGAGUCCAGAGGUCUACAGCAUUUGGAGCAAGUCCUUGCAAGCAUUUGGGCUGUGACUUCGGCAUGUCGACCAAUUCAAAUGGAAGAAACUGGAGAGAUCAUGUGGGCAACAAGAGUCCAGAAUUUUCAAAUGGCUGCACUGCUCGCAAUGAUAGGUUCUGACACAUCUGACACAUUUUCACCACUGGACAUUUUGCUGCCAGGCAUUGAAUUGGGCUUUUACUCAGAGAACGACUUUGAAAUGUUAAAAGCUUCUGUUAGUGCAGGUGAAAGGAAAGAGGAAAAUGCAACCUUGUAUGAGGACACAUGGAAGUCUAUCAUGGCAAAAACUGGAGUGGAACAACAAUAUGCCCUGCUUAGUGUCCUUGAGAUGGGAAUGGAAAACAAGGUGGCGUUUAACUGUUAUGUGUAUCAAUCAGAAACCAGGAAAGCUGCUCACUUUGGAGAGCAAAAAACUGAAACUGACCAAAACGUUAACAUGCUGCUACUUGAGAAUGGAAAAGCUUGUGAGAUCAUGUCUGAAAAAGUCCUUGUUGAAGCCACUGUUAAAGAGCUGACAUCCAAAAUCAAAUAUUCUAAACAAUGUAGAUCAAAUGCAGACACGGAGGAAAACACUCUUGUGAUCCCUCCUUUCAUGGAGGAAUACUUGCAAAAGCAACUGCCAGUGUUUGUUGAGAAUGCCCUGAAGGCCAUUCAAAUGACAAAAGGCAGAGAGUACUUGAUUGAGAAAUCACUCAGAGCUCAAGGAGUGGAUAUAAGUGAAGAAGACCAACACAUGUAUCACACAAUAAUUCCAGUGGACUUCCAGGCCAGUGGGAUGCUGGAGAAAAGAAAACGCUGGGGAGAUGGACUGCAACAGUUUUUGGAGAUGAAACAUCAGUUAGCAUUAUCACCUUUAUCAAAUGUGACUAACUACAUGUCGAAUCGGAGUUUCUUCAAGAGAUUUCUCUGUGGGAAAGGAAUAUUUGGUGUUUCUGGAACAUUGGGAGGAGAUGCAGACAAGUCUUUCCUGACAAGGCACUACAAAACAGACUGCUAUGUCAUUCCAGCUCAUCAGCGUAAAAAAGUUACUGAGCUGCCUGCAGUGCAAGUGAAGGGACGCACCGAUGAAUGGAUUCAGAUGCUUUGUGACACAGUUUCAAAGGUCUCUGACAGGGGUCAGGUUGUGUUGGUUGUAUGUGAAGAUGUCAACACAGCAAACGCCCUUAAUGAAAAAAUAACAGCAGGCACCAGGCAUCCAGUUACCAUGUACACCAACAGUGAAAGCCACAGCAUUGAGAAUCAGGAGUUCACUGAGGGACAGAUCAUCAUUACCACUAACCUUGGAGGACGUGGGACUGACAUUAAGGUUGCAAAGAAAGUCAGUCAACGUGGUGGUCUUUUCGUGAUACUCACCUAUUUUCCCAACAACCGACGAGUGGAGCAGCAGGUCUUUGGGCGCACAGGUCGGAAAGGCACACCAGGCAUGGUCCAACUAAUACUGAACCAUGAGCAUCUCGCUCAGGCUUAUCAGGGCCAUUCCAUCGAAAUCAUGCGGGAACUCAGAGAAGAGUAUGAGAGUGAACGUAUUAAGCACAUGGAGAAAGAGAAACUGGUUGAAAUUGAGAUGAAGGAAGAGCUUUUCUCCACAUUUUGUCACUUCCUUAGUGACUUUGAUCAGCAUUACAGCACAGAGGAAAAGACAGAUCUCUUUGAAGUGAGAGUAAAAGAUGUUCCUCGUUACUUUGAGUCCCACUGUACUAAGAUGGACUAUCACCCAGCUCUGAAUGCUUUGAAAGAAUCAUGGGGUUUAUGGCUGAUUCUUCAUACAGAUCAGAUCAACACAGAGAAUGACAUCAAGAAACUGAAAGAAGACCUCAUCCAGCAUUUGCAGAACACAAGUGACAAACUUUUACAAGGUAACAGUGAAAAUUUCUACGAUCACAUCCAGCAGGCUUUGGGACGAACUGCCUUGCACUUUCAGAACAAAACCAAACGUGACUAUGGAGCAAAGUUCUACUGGGAAAAAGCAUCUGAGUCAGAUAACUGCUACCGAGCUGUUGCACUGUAUAACCAAGCUUACAUCACUAUUAACAUGGCUGAGAAGAACUAUAAAAACGAGGCACGUGCCUUGCUUGAAGAAGCAGAGAAAGCUAUUGAUGUUUACGUGUCAGAAACAGCAAAUACACUGAGUUUAGUUUCUGUGUCUGUUACUGGUGAUUUUGAACCACACCACAGUGGCACCUGUAACUUCCAAACACAGAUGCAGGCUAGGAUGAAUAUAUUUCAGUCUUGGAAAAGAAAUAUCACAGGAAUUCUCAAAGUCCUUGCAGCAGAUGAAGGUGAUGUUACAACUGGGGCCUCCGCACUCUAUAGCUUAUCAUCUUGUGAGGAUUUUGUCUCUAGUAAUGAAUUCAGCCUCUUCCAUAAUUAUGGUCUUGCAGUUGUGUUUGAGGUGAAACAAAAGCCCCGGUUCUCAUUUGACGCUCUGAUUUGCUGCUUUAUUGGUGUGGCCCAGGUGGUCGCAGGAGUUCUGAUAUGUGCCUUGUCAGCUGGUUCCCUGUCCUCUUUUGGCCUUGGUUUAAUAUCUGAAGGUGUGUCUGACAUAAUCAGUGGGGUCAUGGGUAUGAUAAAUGGAACUUUUGACUGGGCAUCAUGGGCAUUAUCUAAAGCCAUCAGCAUAGGAAUUUCUCUGGCUUGUGGUGGAUUUCGUGCUAUCAAAAGAUCAGUCACCUCUGUGAGCGAGGCUGCCAGUGGAAUCCUCAAAGGCACCAAAUCCCUAAGAAGUGUUGCAAGUAGUGCUGUAAAAUCAGGAAAACAACUCUUUGUUUCUGCUAGUACAUCAGUAAAAUCAGCAGUUUCUUCAGUAUGUACACAGAGCUUUACUUCCAUGUGCACAUCAAAUGUAUUUAAAUCAACUUUUAAAAAUGCAGGUAUGUAUGCUGUCCAAGAAAUCGCUAUUCAAGGGACAAACGCAAUCCUGAACAAAUGCAUUGACGUCACAGUUCAAAAGGGUUUCAAACUAGCGUUUCAACAGUAUUUCAAGGAUUCUGUCUAUUCAGCACUGAAAGAGAAUAAACAGUUUGACAAAGCAAUCACAGUGUUUAUCGGCUCAGUGAUUCCAAAGACUGCCCUGGAAUGUGAUGACUACAAGAUUGACAAAAACUUGGAGAAGAAAAUUACGGACAAUGUUAAUUUACACAUGAAUUUUACCAUCAGUAACCUCAUGGCACACUGUAACCAAGUGCAUCGACUUAUUAGCACAUGCUCACAGCUCUGGGACCAAGCAGCAGCAGAAUUUCAAGAGCAUAUUUCCAACAAGACUAACACAUGUAUCAAGACACUUCUAAAAACAGCAAAUACCUCCACCUACCUGUAUAAAAUGUAUUCCUCCUUGCCUACAAAAAAUACCAUUAACAGCAAGUUUGUUCCUGCGUUUUUGGAGUGCAUGACUGAGGACGCAUCUUUCGAAACGUAUGAUGAAGACGGAAGGGACAACUUGGAGGAUGUGAAACGUCUUGCAGAUGAACUCACUGAUUUAAUUUCAGAAGGUCUUUCAAAAGCCCUGGUUGACCGUUUCUCAGAUUCUGCCUCGUCCAUUUGUGCAGCAAAAAUCACUCAAAGACUAAACUCUACUGCUCGAGAAGUAGUUGGUAAUUUGUUGGGGAGGCAUGAAACCCAAAGCUUCUUUGACAACCAGCAGCAUCAUUACGAUCUGAAAUCAGCUAAAGAGCACAAAGAUGAGUCUUUGUCUGAGGGAGAAAAAAAUGAAAUUGAGUCCUAUGCCAGUAAAAUAACCGAUGAACAACAUCCAGCCACAGCUUUGGAGCUCCAUGUCCUCACAAAGAGUGACCUACUGGAAGGAAAAGGGGUUUGUGUAACUGUGGUAGAUGCUCAAGGGAAGCUUCUCUCAGAAGAGACUUAUCCAGGAACUGACCCAGCAUCUGGUAACAUCAGAGUCUUGCUGACAAAAACACCAGAAAAUUCUUCAAAAAAAGAAGGAAUAUUAAGUAGAUUUAAAAGUAGGAUUAUGGGUCAAACCACCCCACACAGUGGUCACUUUGAUACUGUACGCUCUGACGGCUCAACACAAGCAGUGAAUUCAGAAAACCAGAACUGCCUGUUUCACGCUGUCAUCCAAGCAACAACUGAUGCCCCCGACGAUGUCGUGCAAGAAAAAGCUAAAGAACUCAGAAUCAGAGUCAGUGAGGAGAUUCAGUCAAAGCCAGGCAAAUACGUUAACGCUCUGAAGGUCCAGAACAUGUUCAAUCAGAGAAACAUCUGCAACAAAUUCAAAAUAGCAGGCGGAGUGAGAAAAGGAGACGAGAAGAAGUACAAGGAGUAUAUUAAAAACAAGGAGCCACAACAAAUAAUACACGAAUUGUAUUUGGGAGAUGUUGGAGAAUAUGAACAGCUUCGCCAGAAAAAUAUGAACGCCCCCGUCUCAGGUAUAGUUGAGGCAGACCACGUUCCACCGAAGAGUGUUUUGGAGAAGAUCAGGAAUAAAUCAAUGGUGAAGGAUAACAAUGUUAACUUGGAGUUCUCCAUGAACACACUGUAUCAUUAUCACCGACAUGUACUGACCUCCGGCAGCAGUAAGGAGUCCAAAGCAUGCAGAGAUUUACUGGUGAAAACCUUUAACCAGGGAGAUACAGUGGAAGGACUGAAGCUCUCACUGAUGAUGGCACAUCCAGAAUUUUCUGACAACCUCCGGAAUAAGCUACAUAUCCAACGGAAUUUCAAGACCUUUGAUUCUGGACUUCCACAGAACAAAAGGAACCAAUACUACAAGGAUGGCUAUGUAAGGCUGGUUGAAGCGUACAGUAGCAAGAGCUUAAUCAACCAAAACCAGAAGACAGAGCUGAUGCGCUGGAUAGACCAAGAUCAGUUCCUUAAGGACAAGCCUUUGACAGACAAAAUGAUAGCAGUGAUCCCAAGAAAUAAGAAGUGAGUCAACUUGGUUGCAUGUCAACUCUGCUGGCGUUCAUCCAAGUCCACGCUCGUUUUUAUAAGACAUUUGCGUUUAAAACUGAGAAUGUUUCUAAAUUCAAGUGCAGGGCAGGAACCACCUCAGCACUGCCCUCGUCAAUACACUGAUCAGAUCAUG